AUAAAUUGAUUAUCUCCCCUUAAUCAGCCUCGUUCCGAAAGAGCUUGACGAGCCGACAUGUUCUCAAGAGCUGCUCAAAAUGUGGUUGUCCCACACACCCAGGUGCGUGGUAUGGCCACACUUAAAGAAAUUCGACUGAGGUUGAAAUCUGUGUCAAACAUCAAGAAGAUUACCAGUUCCAUGAAGAUGGUGUCGGCUGCCAAGUACACCAGGGCAGAGAGAGAACUGCGACCAGCCAGGUCUUAUGGAGCUGGUGCCUCUGCAUUUUAUGAGAAGAUCGAGGCUGCCCCUGGGGAGGAGGCCAAGGACAAGCUGAUUGUGGCGCUCACAUCAGACAAGGGUCUUUGUGGUGGUGUGCACUCAUCCAUCUGCAGGACCAUUCGAAAUAUCAUGUAUGAGAAAGGUGCAGACAAGAACAUCAAGCUUUUCCUCAUUGGUGACAAGUCUAACCAGAUUCUUACUAGGUUGUUUGCAAAAGAUGUGUUGACGGUGUGUAAAAAUCUAGGAAAGAAGCCCCCAAACUUCAAUGAUGCUUCAUUCCUUGCCCAACAGAUCAUAAAGGCAGGAUUCAAUUAUGAUGUUGGGACAGUUUUCUUCAAUACCUUUAAGUCUGUUGUCUCAUACCAGUCAACACAACUGCCCAUCUUCACGGAGUCUGACAUCACGAGCGCUCCAAAACUGUACGACUAUGACAGUGUGGACCAAAGCACCAUCCAGUGCUAUAAUGAGUUCAUGCUUGCCUCCCGCAUGUACUUUGCCAUGAAAGAGUCUGCAUGCAGCGAACAAAGUGCUCGUAUGACUGCCAUGGACGCUGCCAGCAAGAAUGCAGAUGAGAUGAUUGUCAAGCUGAAUCUGACGUACAACAGAACCAGACAGGCUUACAUCACCAGGGAGUUGAUUGAAAUCAUCUCUGGAGCCGAGGCCUUGUAAUAGCAGCGCUGCGUAGGUUAAUCAGACUAUUCAGCAUCAAUGUGUGUGUGUCCUAGAACACUGGGAACAAUUGGCAGCUUGUUUUACAAGCAUUCAAAGGAUCCAUUUUUAGUUAUAGUAUGACCAGUAUAUGUGAUCUUUUUGUGAAAUAUGAAUAUGGGGACUUAAAUUGGAAGGACUAUAAUUUAUUUCAAAUGUGUGUGGAAUUUAGUAUGUUCUGGAAUUAUAUAGAUCUUGGGCAUCUUUUGGUUUUGAUAUUGAGAUUUGUCCAUGUUGAUACGUGUUAUUAAAGUAUUUUGACCGA